AUGGACAAAAUUCUCAUAGCUGAAGAUCGUUAUGGACCAAAGACUAGUCAUCUUGAAGAUGACGAUCUGGUCGAUCGUUUAAAUAAUAGAAUUACAGUCAUGGGAUUGACUAUGUGUAUUUUUAUUAUUCUGGGAGGUGUUUUAGUUGGUAAACCAAUUAAUUGUUGGACACCAGCUGAAUUCAAAGGACAGCAUGAUGGUUAUGCGAACAGUAUUUGUUGGUUAAAAGGAUCCUAUUAUCUUCCAACAGAAGACAUUACUAUACCUGAUCGAUCGAAGCCUCGAACGUACUUUGUUUCCUAUUAUCAAUGGACAGCAUUUAUUUUACUUUUUAUGGCUAUGUUCUUUCUUUUACCUCGUUACAUUUGGCAUACAUUCACGCGGCUAGGUGGUCUCAAUAUUCAACGACUGAUAAAAACUAUAAAAGACCAACCAGACACUGAUAAAGGUGUGGAAUCAGUACAAAAAUCAUUCAAAUUAUAUCUUGAUACACAAAAUACGUUAAAAGGAGAAAUGUGUUGUGGUUUUCGUUGUUCUAAUUUUUACAUUGGUUAUACAUUAAUGUAUUUAGCAGUAAAAGUUCUUUAUGUUAUCAAUAGUCUGACUCAAUUUUUCUUAUUAAAUGCAUUUUUAUCCUUUAAUUUUACUAGUUUUGGUCCUGAAGGAAUAAAUAAAUUAUUGAGUGAUGGUGAUUGGUUUGAAUCACCAAGAUUUCCUCGUGUUACAAUGUGUGAUUUUAUGGUACGACGUUUAGGCUCAAAUCAACAUUGGUAUGCAGUACAAUGCAAUUUACCAAUUAAUAUGUUUAAUGAAAAGAUAUUUCUUGGUAUUUGGCUAUGGUUAAUAAUCUUAACAAUAUUCAAUUUUUUAUCAAUCUUUCCUUGGAUAAUACUAUUUGGAAGAGGUCAGCGAUCAUCAGUAAUUAAAAAAUAUUUAAAAAUAAAUAAAAAAAAAUUCGACGAAAACGAAAUGUUGUCAACAUCGACAACAAUAUCAUCAUAUCGAAUAAACAAAACUAGUGAAUUUUUAGAUUAUUUACAGAUGGAUGGAUUUCUAAUAUUUUACAUAAUUGCACGUAAUACAGAUGAAAUUGUAGCUGGAAAAAUAAUUGAUCAUUUAUAUAGAAAUUUCAAUCCACCUGCUCGGGACCUUAUAAGCAAUGUUUGA